AUGGCGUCAACACCGCAGAGUCAGGCUUCUAUGUUGGCGACUAUAACUACGGAUUUGGAUAGGAUCGCGCCUAGGUUUGAAAUACAACCAGAGCAGAUUACGAUUAUUCAAACGCCUGCUGAGUUUUACAAGACGCUUAAGGACAAGAUAUCCAAUGCCCAACACCGUAUCUACUUAUCAACCCUUUACAUCGGCAAAACAGAACAUGAACUUAUCUCCACCAUUCAAAAGGCCCUGCAGCGCAACCCCAACCUGCGCGUCUCCUUUCUCACUGACUCUCUACGUGGCACCCGCGAGACUCCCGACCCCUCGUCUGCUUCUCUCCUCGCUCCCCUAAUCACCGAAUUUGGCGCAGAAAGAGUCGAGGUCCGCAUGUACCAUACACCCAACCUUACCGGCCUACGAAAGAAGUACAUCCCCAAGCGCAUCAACGAAGGCUGGGGUCUCCAGCACAUGAAGCUCUACGGCGUAGACGACGAGAUCAUCAUGUCCGGAGCAAAUCUAAGUUCAGACUACUUCACCAACCGCCAAGAUCGCUACCAUCUCUUCCACUGCAAACAGCUCACAGAUUAUUUCGCAAAGGUCCAUGCCGGCGUCGCAAACCUCUCCUUUGAUAUUCAGCCCUCCAAUCUCGAAGGCUCGGGCGGAUACACCAUGAAAUGGCCGUCCUCGAACCCCGCUCCCUCGCCCCUAGAAUCCCCCUCAAAGUUCAAAUCCUCCGCAUCAAAACACCUCUCCCACCUACUCACGCCCUCAAACUCACCCGUUCCCGCAUCACCAACCUCACAAAGAACAACAACCACAGCAACCACAACAAUCUACCCAGUCCUCUCCCUCGUCCCCCUCCUCGACACCUCAACCGAGCUCCCCGCGCUCACCAAAAUCCUCCAGUCCCUCGCCACCCCGCCCCUCCACCCAAGCACCUGGACCUUCACAGCAGGCUACUUCAACAUGACGUCCUCAUUCCGGCGCCUCCUCCUCGCGACACGCCCAGCCUCCGGCACAGUCCUAACCGCACACCCGCACGCAAACGGCUUCUUCGGCAGCAAAGGCGUAAGCGGCAUGCUGCCAGACGCCUACACGCACCUCGCCAAGAUGUUCCUCAAGCGCGUGCGCUACGACGACCUCUCCGACUCCAUCACGCUGCGCGAGUGGAAGCGCGGCCGAGUAGACGAGGAAGGGGGGUGGACGUACCACGCCAAGGGGCUGUGGAUUACUUUCCCCGCGCAGCAACAUACUGCCUCCACGCAACAAACACCUUCUUCUGUAAUAGAAGAGCAGCAGGAUCCUAGCCUUACUGUUAUCGGCUCGAGCAACUACACCAAACGCUCCUACGAGCUCGAUCUCGAAGCGAAUGUCAUCAUCGCCACCUCGGAUCCGGGGUUACGCCGCCGGUUGGGCGAGGAGGUGAAGUGGCUGGGCGAGUACGCGAAGCCCGUUGAUGAGAGCGAGUUUGAGAAGCCGGAGCGCAAAGUGGGUGUUGGUGUGCGGUUGAGUAUGUGGGCUGUGCGGGUGUUGGGCGGAGCGUUGUAA